UCCAUAUUUUGGUCCAAUCUCUCAUUUUUCAAACCUAACAUAAACAAUUGAACCGUUCAGAUUUUGGUUCACCUGAUUGAACCAUCAGGUCCAGGUUUUUUCAACCAUGCUGGUCUACUGUUCUCCGUUUCCCAGUUUUUGAUAAUCGAAUCGGUGAAGGAAGCUUAUUUUGUUUUUGAUCGUCGACUGAGUUUGUGCGUCCUUAGAAUCUAAAACAUUCUGACCCCAAAAAUGUUGAAGCUCUCUUCUUCUUCUUCGUCGUCAUCAUCAUCAUCAUCUUCUUCAAGAAUUGUCGCUGCUUUCCUCAAGCUUCACUUCAAACGUCUUCAAGUCAACCCCUUCUCCUCCUCCCACCACCACCACCAACUCCCUUCAAAUCCCACUUCCUCAAAUUCCGCUCUUUCCCACUUCCUUUCUCGCUCUCCCCACCCCCACUCUCGCACUACCCCUUUCUCUAACCUUUACAUUGCUAAGCCCAAUCAUCCCUUUUCCCCUUCUGGGUUUAGGUUCUUUUCCUUUAAAUCCUCCAAUUCUGCUCCCAAAUUCGAUGCCCAUUUCGCCAAAAACCUUCUUCAGAAGCCGGCCAAUGUCUUCGCUUCCGCUUUGUCUAGGUACCGGGAGGCUGUUGCUUUGCAUUUCGAUGCUUUUUUCAAGAGGAAUUACUUGUUUCUAUUUGGUGUUGGAGGAUUUCUACUCUGUGCUUUGCUUUGGAGGAUUAUGUUUGGCAUUGCCAACACUUUUGUUGGCCUCUCUGAAGGAAUGGCCAAGUAUGGCUUCCUUGCUCUUUCCACUGCAAUUGUUUCUUUCGCUGGCUUGUAUGUUCGCUCAAGAUUAACAAUAAAUCCUGACAGAGUCUAUAGAAUUGCCAUGAGGAGGCUUAACACAGCUCCUGGGAUUCUUGAGGUUAUGGGUGCACCACUUGCAGGAACUGAUUUAAGAGCUUAUGUAAUGUCUGGUGGUGGACUUACACUGAAGAAUUUCAAACCAAAAUUUAGGAGAAAGCGGUGUUUUCUUAUCUUCCCCGUCCAAGGUUCUGAGAAAAAGGGUCUUGUGAGUGUUGAAGUCAAGAAGAAAAAGGGCGAGUAUGAUAUGAAGCUAUUAGCAGUAGACAUUCCAAUGGCAUCAGGACCUGAUCAGCGGCUAUUCCUGAUUGGAGAUGAAAAAGAGUACAAGGUUGGUGGUGGAUUGAUCUCCAUGCUGAGAGAUCCGGUAGUGAAAGCAAUGGCUGCAACCAAGGAAUUUGAUGAUCUUGACCAAAUUGAGGAGGAGGAGGAUGCUGAGCGAGAACUUCAAGAGGCCGAAAGAAAGCGCCGUGAAGAAAUUGAAAAGCUUGAAAAAGAUGGCAAUCAAUGAUGGCUAGCCAUAUUUUGUUCUUCUUUCUUGCUUUUGUUUACUGAAGUUUCCGAAAGUUUGCUUGAGGCUUUAACAAUGCCGGAUAUUACUUGAUUUUAUGAGGAAUGCCCUUCAUUAUACUGAUUGUGGCCAUUGCUUUUUCCAAAUCAACUUCCUUGUACUCAAAUGCCCCAGUGAAACAAAUAAAUUGUACAAUUGACAUACUGUGCAUAA